AUGGCCGACGCAGAGGAAGAUUUCAGUUCCCUGCCGCUCCCAGAUCGCUUCGUACACAAGAACUGGAAAGUACGGAAAGAAGGGUACGAGGCCGCUGCCAAAGAGUUCAGUCUCGCCGCCAGUGAAUCAGACCCUGUUGUGCGCCAGUUCAUAAACGAUGCGAGCAUAUGGAAAGGUGUUGCAGGCGACUCCAACGUCGCGGCACAACAAGAAGGUCUCGGCGCACUGUGCGCCUUCCUCGAGAUAGCAGGAAAGGACGGCUGCACACGGACACGCGGAAAUACCAUCACGACCAUCGCUGAAAAGGGCCUUCCAUCGACGCGACCGGCGGCAAAGGCGAAGGCGCUCGAAGCGCUCAUGCUAUACAUCGAGACCGACAAGCCCGACCCCGUGAUAGAAGAGCUCCUACCAGUACUGGGAAACAAGCAACCCAAAGUCAUCGCCGCAACUUUAGAUGCCCUUACACAGAUUUACCAUGCCUACGGCUGCAAAACCAUCGAGCCUAAGCCUGUCCUCAAGGCGCUCCCAAAAGUAUACGGUCACGCGGAUAAGAACGUUCGCGCCAAGGCCCAAGAGUUGACAGUCGAACUUUACCGAUGGCUAAAAGAGGCUAUGAAGCCGCUCUUCUGGAACGAUCUGAAGCCCGUCCAACAGCAAGAUCUCGACAAGCUAUUUGAAAAGGUCAAGGAAGAGCCCACGCCAAAACAGGAGCGACUGCUCCGUUCACAGCAGGCUGCCAAGGAAGCCGCUGCCGCCGCACCAGACGUCGAAGAGGAGGAAGAGGAAGAAGAGGCCGCCAUUGAUCUUGAGCCCGAGUACGAAGCCGUUGAUGUCUUCGCAAAGAUUCCCAAGGACUUUUCGGAGAAGUUGGCCUCGUCAAAAUGGAAAGACCGAAAAGAAGCGCUCGAUGACACGCAAAAAGCUCUUGAUCACCCAAGGAUCGCCGAAGGACCUUUCGAUGAGCUAGUGCGCGGCUUUGCGAAGACCUGCCUGAAGGAUGCGAAUAUUGCCUGUGUUGUAACUGCUGCGAACUGUGUCGAGCUUCUAGCCAAGGGCUUAAAGAAGAGCUUCGCCAAGUACCGCAAAGACGUCAUGAACGCAAUGAUGGAGCGCCUGAAGGAGAAGAAACAGACUGUGACUGACGCCAUUGGAGCUGCUCUGGACGCCUCAUUCGCAUGUACAAGCUUUCAAGAGUGCCUGGAGGAGAUUCUGGAGUUUCUAAAGCACAAGAAUCCUCAGGUCAAACUUGAAUCGUCGCGAUUCCUGGUUCGAUGCUUGAAGAACACCCGCGAAGCCCCAACACCGGAACAAGCCAAGGCCAUCGCAGAGAGUUCCACGAAACUACUUACUGAAUCUCAAGAGGUACAGCGAGCUGCUGGUGCCGAGGUGCUUGGUACGCUGUGGAAGAUUAUGGGAGACCGUAUCAUGAACGCUCAUCUGGACGGACUUGACGAGAUCCGCAAGACCAAGAUCAAGGAGUUCUUCGAUGCUGCGGAAGUCAAGUCCAAAUACAAGCCAAAGGCUGCGCCAGCGCCCAAGCCUGCAGCCGUAGCACCGACUAAGAAGCCUAUGGGUAAAAGGCCAGCGCCGGGUGGCGCAAAGAAGCCGGCUCCUGCAGCGAAAGCACCCCCGCCUCCGCCUGUGGAAGAGCCCGCCGCACCUCUCGAGCCGAAGCCGACUUCAAGACCCGCCGCGUCCAAAUUGGGUGCCAAGCCCGGUCUUGCUGCGCCAUCAAGACUCGGUGGGCUGAAGAAGCCAGGCUCAGGUCUCGGAGCUCCUUCGCCGCGGAAAUCUGUCGUUUCACCUCCUCCCGAGGAAGAAGCGCCGCCGCCACAGCCCAAGUUUGGUGCCGGACGCGGUCUCGCAGGUCGUCCCCUAGGAAGGCCUGCUGCUGAACCCGUCGCUGCCCCAGCACCACAAGCGCCAACCGGCCUCAGCCUGGUGGAACGUGCGGAACUUGAUGAGCUACGAGCAGAGGUUGAACGAGUACGGAGACAGAAUGAAGAUUUGCGUGCAGAGCGGACGAACCUCACUUCGCAGAUUCACGAGCUCCAGAACCAGAACGCUCAGCUCAUCGAAGAUCACACUCGCGACGUGCUCUCGAUAAAAGCAAAGGAGACGCAACUCGUCCGUGCGCGGUCAGACUUUGAAGCAUCGGAGCAGACAGUACAGAACCAGCGCCGCGAGAUUGAUCGAUUGAAGCGCGAACUCCUUCGGCAAGCGCGUUCCAAUUCUCCACCACCUACAGACGUCGGAGACCAGAUCUACACAGACAACGGAGUUGGUAACACCAACGGCGCGCAUUUUGGUGAUUCCGGCUACGGCAGUCGGGCCAUGCACCCAAGGCGAGAGAGGAGUUUUGCCAGUGGGCCAGGAAGCCCGGGCGGCGAUGGUAAGGAGAACUUUGAUUCUCUAUCUCGCCCUGGCAGUAACUUGAGCGGCAAGCUAAGUCCACGAGCAGAUGGUCUGUCGUCGAUGUCGCGUGAUGGCCGAAGCCCAACCGAGAACGGGACGGCUCACCGGGUACCUUCCGCCGGUGCUUCCGGUGCGGAAAGCUGGAAGCGUGCCGCAGAGGUUACCCAAAAUCUCAAGCAGAGGAUCGAGAUGAUGAAGGCUAAGCAAGGUAUCGGACGGCCACAGCAAUAG